CGCCGGGGGGAGGCGGGGGGGAGGCGAGCGGUGCCGCGGUGUGAAGCCGCGGCGCUCGGCUGGCGGUGGGAGCGUUGCCUCUCUGUCACUAAUUAGUGUGAGGAUGCAGGAUAACAAACUGUGGCCUACUUAAUAACUGCCACCCGGUGCUCGUUUCAACGUGACACUUCUGGGUUGCAUCAAGAGUGAAUUCAGCACUUUGGAGAACUAAAGUCCUGCACUUGUGAAUUCGUGUGGAAGGACGUCUUACACCACUUGCACCAGUUAACUCUGUACAGUCGCGGUUGUUCUCUUUGCCGUGUUUUGCAGUCGAUCCUCAGAGAAUCGUGCUCAUAUCCUCGGGUCUCUCCGUGGGGGGCCGUAGUCGUCUGUGGUGCUCAGCAGUAGCUGGACGCCACACUGCACUUUUAACGAGGCCAUUCUGUAGAAUAGAAUCUAUGAGUAGAGGCUUCCUAGUUUUCUGUGAUAUUGGUUUCGUAUUGUACUUUAUUAUAAGAUCACUAUAGCUGUUUACAAUACUCUUGGAUAUAUCCUGCCUUGGAGGAGCCCUGUUUCCAGGUGCCUUGUUAGUGGAGACGAACCUUUGAUCAUUUAUUCAUAUAUCUAUUUGUAUAUGAAAUAUUUACGGUUAUGAAUUGAUUCCUUGCAUCAUAGAAGUGUUUUGCUGUGCUGGUCCCUUGUAGUGUGAUCGAUUCCACUGGCUUUGCUCCAGUUGAAGUCGUCUUGGUUCCUCCCUUUUUUUUCUAGGCUGAUUUUCGCGCUGCCUAUUUGAGCAAUACUCUUCUGUCUGGGACUUGAACACGGCCUUAGAACCCACCAGGGGACGGUCAGCUGCCUGUCAGACAGUACGACAAACACUCCCGUGUGAUGACACUUGUUUGCAGACGCACCGACGGGCUCCGUUGUUCAUAGACGUCGAUAUCACUGUGUGUUUUUUGGAGGAUCUGUUCAGAACGAGCGCCAGCGCUCGAUGGAACGUAACUCGAACCACGAAGCUGCUGCAGUUUGACUCAGUGGAAUACGGCCAGUGAAUGCUGGGACCUGUGAUCUCAGCCGACGUCAGCUCACUGUGGGGCCACACAGGCCGGAGGCACAGAGACACGCUGUCUUGAAGCACAACGAGCCCCACCUGACUUUGAUCACCGAGCUCGGAGGAAGAGCAUAGCCACUGGGAAGCAGCCCAGCAUGGAGGUCCCUCCCACCGCCCCCCUUCAGCCCUUCCGACAAUCCAGUUUCCUCAGUAGAAGGUUGAAGGGCUCCAUCAAGAGGGCUAAAAGUCAGCCCAAACUGGACCGAACCAGCAGUUUCCGCCACAUGAUCCUCCCCCGCUUCCGCAGUGCCGACCAGGACAGGACCCGUUUGAUGCAGAGCUUCAAAGAGUCCCACUCCCAUGAGUCCUUACUGUCCCCCAGCAGCGCUGCCGAGGCGCUGGACCUCACUCUGGAUGAGGACGCCAUCAUCAAACCCGUCCACUCGAGCAUCCUGGGACAAGAGUACUGCUUUGAGGUGACUACGGCAUCAGGAACCAAGUGCUUUGCGUGUCGCUCAGCCGCUGAGAGAGACAAAUGGAUCGAGAACCUGCAGAGAGCUGUCAAGCCCAACAAGGACAACAGCCGGAGGGUAGACAAUGUGCUCAAGCUGUGGAUCAUCGAGGCCCGCGAGCUUCCGGCCAAGAAGCGCUACUACUGCGAGCUUUGCCUGGACGACAUGCUGUACGCGCGCACCACCAGCAAGCCUCGCACCGACACCGUCUUCUGGGGCGAGCACUUCGAAUUCAACAACCUGCCCGCCGUCCGCAACCUACGCCUUCAUCUGUACAAGGAGACGGACAAGAAGAGACGCAAGGAAAAGAGCACAUACUUAGGACUCGUGAGCAUCCCCAUCUCCAGCAUCACCGGACGCCAGUUUGUGGAGCAGUGGUACCCCGUCAUCCAGCCCAGCGUCCUCACGAAGGGGGCCGGGGUCGGAGGGGGGAAGAUCAUCAACGCAUCCCUACGCCUCAAAUCCCGCUUCCAGACCAUGAACAUCCUGCCCAUGGAGCUGUACAAGGAGUUUGCGGAGUACGUCACCAACAACUACCGCACCCUGUGUGCCGUCCUGGAGCCCGUGCUGAGUGUGAAGAGCAAAGAGGAGGUGGCCUGUGCGCUGGUGCACAUCCUGCAGAGCACAGGGAAAGCCAAGGACUUCCUUUCAGACAUGGCGAUGUGUGAGGUAGACAGAUUCAUUGACCGAGAACACCUUAUUUUCAGAGAGAACACUCUGGCCACCAAAGCCAUAGAAGAGUACCUCAAACUGAUUGGACACAAGUACCUCAAGGAUGCUAUAGGGGAGUUCAUUCGGGCCCUGUAUGAGUCAGAGGAAAAUUGUGAAGUGGAUCCCAUGAGAACACCGCCCUCCGUGCUCCCAGACCACCAGGCCAAUCUCCGAAUGUGCUGUGAGCUGGCGCUCUGUAAGAUUGUUAACUCCCAUUGUGUUUUCCCUCGAGAGCUAAAGGAAGUCUUUGCCUCCUGGAGAGUCCGCUGUGCUGAGAGGGGCCGAGAAGACAUCGCCGACCGCCUCAUCAGCGGCUCGCUCUUCCUGCGCUUCCUGUGUCCUGCCAUCAUGUCCCCGUCACUCUUCAACCUCACCCAGGAGUAUCCCGAUGAGCAGACCUCACGCACGCUCACCCUCAUCGCCAAAGUGGUGCAAAACCUGGCCAACUUCUCCAAGUUUGGCAGUAAGGAGGAGUACAUGUGCUUCAUGAAUGAGUUUUUGGAGAUGGAGUGGGGCUCCAUGCAGCAGUUCCUCUAUGAAAUCUCCAACCUGGACAGUGUGAGCAACGCGGGCGGCUUUGAAGGGUACAUUGACCUGGGCAGAGAGCUGUCCAUACUGCACAGCCUCCUCUGGGAGGUCAUGGCUCAACUCAGCAAGGAUGCCAUCAUCAAACUGGGCCCUUUGCCCCGUCUCCUGAAUGACAUCAGCAUGGCCUUGCGCAACCCGCACCUGCAGCGACAGCCCAGCCAUCAGACCGACCGGGUCCAGGACCGACAGGCAGAUAGGCUGCUGUCACGGCCCAGCUUCAACAGAGGCAUCUCAUCCGAGUUCCAGAACCUCAUGAUGAGGGAUCUCAAUAGCUCUAUAGAUAUCACUCGCUUGCCUUCCCCCACCUCCACCGGAGGAGUCAUGCCAUCCCGCUCGCAGAUGAGUUUUCAGGACCGCGACCAUCCUCAUCGGGCGUCCUCCAAAGACAUGUUCUACGUAUCGCGGCCUCCGCUGGCCCGAUCCAGCCCGGCCUACUGCACGAGCAGCUCGGACAUCACGGAGCCAGACCCUAAGGAUUCCCGAAUGAACAGCGUGUCUAACCUGCAGUCGGUGGACAUGCUCAACUCCUCCCAGGCCUCCAUCGCCGGCAUGGGCAGCUUCGGAGGGCUGAGCAGCGGAGGCGGUGGCGGCCUGGGGUCGGGCCUGAGCAGCCAGCUGCGGGCCGGUGGGAGGUUGUCAGCUGGCUCUGGCGGCUCCAGCAUGUCCGGCGGCCUUCGGCUGAGCCAGCUGAGCCAGAUGGGCACCACCACCGACUCGCUAUCCCAGCAGCAGCAACAGCAGGCCGCCGCCAUGCGCUACCCGCUUUCCUUCCAGAAUCCCCUCUUUCAUCUGGCGACUGCUGAUGGUCCUCAACAGCAACAGCUCCAUCACCAGCACAGCCGGGCUCAACCACCGGCACCUCUGCUCCUGGCUCCAGAGCCGGAACCUUCUCACCAGUCCUACAUCCCACAGUUCGCCCAUGGGGGGUUUUCCCGCAGUGAGGACCUGUCCACCCUCAGGACCAGGGACAGUCACCUGGGCCAACCCAGCAUCAUCCACUCACACAGCUACAGUGAUGACUACAGCAGGGCCGACUAUGGACGCAGACAGAUGUCCAUGCAUGUGCAGGAUAACCUGCAACACCAACAACAAAUGAUGGGAAUGGCCUCUCAGACUGGAACAUCCCACUCCUCUCUGGCAACCACACCCCCCUCCACCGUCCAGCCUGUGCGCCAGAGUUCCGUUGCUCCGCCGCCCACCCAGCGAGUCAAAUCCCAGACCUCCCAUCAGCUGUCAGUCAGCGCGGCCGCUGCUCCUGCUGCUCAGGCUAAAACGCGUCCGCAGAGCGGAAAUCUCCUCCAGUCGCCAGAGUCCGGCUACGGCGGCAGGCGCCACGGGCCCCGGCAGCUGUCUGUCAAGGACAACACGGCCCCGGGCCUGCCCCACCAGCAGAGCUCUGUAAGGGAGAGCCAGAGUCCGCAGGGAACGGCCAGUCAGAACGCCCAACAGUCGCCACAGCAACAGCCUCAGCAGCAGCAGCAGCAGCAUCUGCUCAAACCCACAAUGAGCAAACAGGGCUCCCAGUCUCCAUCUACCCUGAACCCCCCAACCCCAGCCAACGAGCGGACAGUGGCCUGGGUGUCCAACAUGCCUCAUUUGUCGGCCGACAUUGAAAGUUCGCGGAUUGACCGUGAAGAUUUUAAACUGAAGGAGUACUCAAAGAGCAUGGAUGAGUCUCGCAUGGACAGGGUACGAGAAUAUGAGGAGGAAAUCAACUCCCUGAAGGAGCGCCUCGUGAUGUCCCACAAAAAGCUGGAGGAGUACGAGCGGAGGCUUCUGACGCAGGAGCAGCAGACCAAUAAGAUCCUGCUACAGUACCAGAACCGUCUGGAGGACAGCGAGAGGAGGCUCCGGCAGCAGCAAGUGGAGAAAGACUCCCAAAUUAAAGGAAUAAUUAGCAGACUCAUGGCUGUGGAGGAUGAGUUGAGGGGAGGACCCGUGAUUGAGCCAAAAACCAGGAUUUUCGCUGAUCAGGAGGACCAGCUUUCCUCCCUGGGUUCUGCAGACCCCCGUGUGAAAACUGAAGGUGGAGUGGGAGGAGGAGCGGUAACCAACGAUCAAGGCCUCAGAGUCUCUUCCUUGGGCAUUUCCUCUGACAGCUCACCCCACAAUGGCGUCCUCCCCCAAACCGUAGACCCUCUCUCUCUGCCCACUCCUCAUCAACAUCCUAGUCAGAAUGGAGAGCUCCGUGGCAACCAAACAUCCUCCCCCAUGACAACCUCACAGGCAACUGGAACCACGGCAACAGCAACUAAAGUCAUAGCAGAAGAAGGGGGAGUGGGUCAAACACAACACUGAGCCAAAUCAGAGAGAGAUGACACAAAGGAAAGGAAAACACUGUCCUCGUCCUCUUGUUUUAAUUUAAGACAUUGCUUUGAAAAGAAUUUGCCGUAGAUAUUCCCGAGGCAGGAGAGAGAAGAAAAGAGGGCACCAGGCGAUAGUACUCGCACAGCCACAGUGCAUAACACACCAACACAAAGGGCUCUUCAACGGACACUUGUUCCCCACACGUUCACCUGGAGCCUCAGCUCAUCGCAGUCUUGCAGGACAAGAUAAUGAUAUUUUACCACAUACUGUUUGAAUCAGUGAAACAUACACGCCAGCAUGUGAACAUCUGCUAAACACGCGAGGAACAAGCGCUAGAGAAUGUCUUGCACCCCAAAGACUUCAUAGUAGCCAUUAGCAACGGAGAGCUAUAGUCUAGCCUCAGUAAGCGCUGACGCCCAUGGAUGCAGGUGCAUUUGCCAUGGCUGCCCUGAACACGCCAGGUAGAGCUGAGUCUGGCUUUCUUAGUGCCUUUGAGUGUUUUUCAACAGGGUUUUUUUCCAAUAAAGGUGGAAAUCUCCAUGUUAGCGUUGCUAGAGAGAGAAAUGACCUGUGGGCCGAAACGAAUUGAUUCAAAGACGCCAGAUCGAGCUCCGUAGAGGCUUGAGCGACGGGAGAGGGGAUUUUUGGAUUGGGGGGGGGGGGGUCUUCUUUCUUCAGUAUGGGGGAAUUCUUGUUUUUGGACAGAGUUUGUGCAGUUUUUCUCUUCUCAAUCUCAGAACCGAUAUGUGAUAAACUGGUGCUAAACAGAAACAAAUGGUGCCAUUUUCCAAGUCCAAUGUCUGUGUCUGCCAUAGCACUGCCUCUGUCAUGGUUCACUUACUGUGUCCUCUCCUCUCUCUCUCUCUCUCUCUCUCGCUCUCUCUCGCUCUCUCUCUCUCGCAGGACAUGUUUCCACCCGUAUGUUUUGUGCGUGUCUCUGUAUUUGUCCUCUGUGCAUCCUGUUGUGUUUUUAUGGGGUUGUCAGGUUUUUCCAUGUCUUUGUUUUUGAAACACCCUCCUCCAAUCUCUGCUUUUCUUUACAGUAAUUACAGUUACAGCAGAUUCGAUGGAGCUAUUGAACAUAUUGCACUGCUUAUUUCACUAAACCCCAAUUGGCUAUUAUCAGUUUACAGCAAGAGCUACUUGUGUAAGUUUUUAGUAAGCGAAGCUAUAAUUGACCGACUGAAUGAAACUACCUUGGAUGAAAUGGGUGAAUGGAGUUUAUUACUACUUUUCAAGGUUUUUGUUCCUUUUAGCUCAAAAGUUUUGGUCUGUUAUAUAUUCACACUAGAAUAUACUGGUUCUCUUUUAUCCAGACAAACAUUUGAAUGGCUUUUGUCUUACAACGCUCAUCAAAGCUAACCUGAAAUAAAGCGCAUGCAACAUUAAUGAUAGAUGAGCAGCUGUGCUCUUAUGUUUCAGCUUUAGGCUCCAUUCCACCAUAUGAACAUUUUGUUAAGUCUCAGACAUGUGAAGAGGCCGUUUCGACGUGGGUCAGCAUUGCUUGCCAUUAAGUGCCUGGGAUGAAUGCAUUGCGCGUCCUUUGGCCAGUAGACUAGCAUGUCAUUGAACAAAUGCACCUUAAACCUUCACACACAUUGCAGAUAUAUUGUAUAGCCCUUCAGCUUCAAAUUUUAAAUAAUUCCUCCGUUUCGUGUGUUGUAGCAUUUUAAAUGAAACGCACAGUGAACACAUCUUUAACAGCGUUAAGCCAAAUUAACAGGUUACGAGUAACACUUUACUUUGGUUGAUGUUAAAUGUUUGGUUUAUGUUUGUGAAAUGAGUCAGUUUCUCAUGUGUCAAAUGCUGGAAGUCUAUUUUCCAUAGCCCUUCAUUCUGUGUAUGAACUGUCUGUCUGAAAGCUCUGUCUGGAUGUGAACCUGUUUUUGUCUUUGUAGCCUCACACAGUGGUGUCGCUCUGCAACAACUCCGCUUGUUUAACACGUGCAGGACGAACCCGGAGACGGCGCGUCGCACGUCGGCUAUGUGUCGUCCACAAAGUCCCAACUUGUCAAAGGCCGUAAUGAUCAGCGCUAGUGCUCCGCGGGCCAGCGCUAGCAGAUUAGCUCAGACUAGACUCAACUUUUUACUCUCCAGCCACCAAAUAUUCAUGUUGGCAGUCUUACACAGGAAAAGACUGUCUUCUGUUUAUAAAACCAGUAGGGCUACUUUUUCUUGUGAAAUUACCAGUUUGUGACAAAUGUUGGAUUUCAGGCAGGGCUCGGUUCGAGCAUCAGUGUCUUUUCCGAGAUGUGAGAUGAUUCGUGAUUGAGAAAUUAAUAUUGCUGUGAAAAUACCUCAGUGACUCAGGUAAACAAGCAGUUGCCUCAGAGCUGAACACACUCACUCACACACACACACACACACACACAUACAGAGAAAAACCUAGCGAAAAGAGACGAGUCCAGCUUUGGCGAGGACUGCCACCAUGCAGAUCAGUAGCUACGCUUCAAUAGCACCUGAUCAAGCACCUCCCCCGUUUCUUCUCUCUCUCUGUCUCCCCUUUUUCUCCCCCUAGCCACUCUCAAAGCUUCAUGGAGGACAGUGUGGAACCUAAUUGGCUGAUGCACCACCGGCAUUCCGUGGGGUGGCAUGGCCAAAUGUCGAGAGCCCUCUCACGUGACGCGAUUGGCUGACAAAGGGAGAACUUGGGGCAUUGGUCCCAUUCUCUUUGCUCAAGGGAUGGUGCAGAGCCCCAGCGGACCAUGUAAGGAAAUGCUGGGUCUUUUUCUUCUUUUACUUGGGCCCUCUCUCUCUGAUUUGAUAACUGGAUUAUUUUGAAAUGUGUUUGACGCCUCGUGGUUGGAUCUACAUUUUACUUUUUAAAAGGUAGGCUGGACAUACGUUGGCAUUUGUUGGCCUGCCGAGCAUGCAAAGAACAGCUAUGCAGUCUGAUCAAUCAGCAUAACGGAGGAACACAAAGGCCAAGGAAGCGAUGCUCCAAAUGAGAGAGAGGGGACAUGUGCUCUAGGUAAAAUGUAUUUCAAAGGUGCUUGACUUCUCUUAGAAUUUCAGUCGAAGCUGAUUUACUUUCAAAGCAUUUAUUUCCUCUCUCUCUCUCUGUCUCUCUCGCUCUCUCUCCCUUUCUCGCUCUCUCUCUCUCUCUCUCCCUCUCUCUCGUAGUCUUUUUAAAUUACCCUUUGAUUCCUCUUUAUCUAGCUAUGAUUCUAAAAGCAUUAUUUAACCAUUACCAUUCUUACUCAGUUUUUGACUUACUUGAUCUUUUUUCCUCAAGUCAUAGUUUUUGCUCUUCCGUUUGAGUCUCUUUCAGACUUUGGUUUUAAUGGAAACUAUAUAUGCACAGCCUAAUACAACAAGUGAAACUGCUUCAGAGCCAAACCCCUGCUGCAGUGAAGACUUUGAAAUACCGGACAGAAUGUUGUUACUAUUAUUACUACUAUUAUUAUUUAUAUUUAUAUGACACUGCUUAUUCUUACAAGACUAUAAAAAAACUCUUCAUCAGAAAUCUUCCGGAGCAUAUAUUUAUUUCUUGGUAUAGAUAGAAGACUCUAUCUAAUGGAAGUUCUUAAAUGACCCGUUUUAUAUGACCCCAGUUUUCUUACUGACUCAAUGAGAGGUUUGUUGCCCUGAAGGAUUGUGACAAAAGGGACAAACUUGUGUUUACCUACUCCCCUCACGACAGUUUGCACGUUGCUGUGACGUGUGCUCUCCUCCCUCUUGGCUGUAAUCAUUCAAAAACCCAAAUUGAGGAGAAGGAGUGGACAGAUGAUUCUCGCCCCACAGUCACCAUGGAGCUCUCCAUUGACAGACGAUGCCAACGCCGGUGGAGUAGGACAUUCUUACUGCUCUUUUGUAUUCCACGUCGACUAUGUGUCUGUAGAGUUGUAACCUGGCAGCGGAUGAACUCUCGGUGUCAGUGUGGCCACAUCUCUGCAGCCAAAUUGCUGUAAAGCUCCCCGUUUCUUUCUCGGGAUGGGCUCCACUGACACCAAUCUGAGUUGAAAUCCCUGCUAUUUCCACGUAAGACUGAAACAAGGACAGAGAGAGACAUGUUAGAGGUCCUGCUAAAACGAGUGAAUGUGUCUGUAAAUAGGUGUGUGUACUGGCUAAAUAUUUUGUGUACAUACAGGAUAAAUGUGUACAUACGGUAUGUCUAUGUGUAUAUACAGUUUGUUUGUAUAUGCAGAGUGUACAGUUAUUUUUCCUCUAAUGUUUCUCUCUCUUUCUAUGAAUAGGUCUUCUCAAGUUGCCAAUACUGAGGCGUGGAAAGGUUUUUUAAAUGUACUGACAGCUCCCAGAGGCACUUUCUGUGCAGACUUAGAAUAUCAGCAAGGUCUGUCACUUAACAGCUGCAAUCUCGAAGCUCUCAUACACGAAGUAACUCACAUAAUCUUAAGCUUGCACUCAUUUUCUGACCAACUAAAAGCUUUUCUAAGUAGAUUUGGGUGGCCAAGCAAUGUUUGUACAUAUAUAGAAUAAGACUUUUUUUCCAGAAACCUUCAUCUGCAUUUCUUUGAUAAUUCUCGACCUGUUUUGAGUUCUUGCGUAUCUGACUUUCACUUUAGGUUCCUAUGGUAUAUGUUUGCAACGCUUGUCAUUCAGAGUUAUAUAUUUAUCCCAGCCACCUAUAUAUUUCUUGACAUUUUGUUCCCCAAAUUCUGCCUCUCAUGGAGCCUUCUAAUGGUUUAAGAUGCAGUUAGUCUGGCAAAUGCUUCCAUGAAAGUAAACUGUCAUUACUUACAUUGCUUGUUUUCGUAUAGGUCUUAACUAAAUAAGUGUGCCUCCCCCCUUAUACUCUUACUAACCUUAGAUCCAUUCACUCCGCUUCUCACUCAUGUCCAUACCCCUUGACAAGCCAUAGCCCCCCUCCCCCCAAAGCUCCUCUAUUGUUGUUUUGACAGGACAGACAUUUGGGGAUUUUGUGUAUAAUUAAUGGAAGAGUGGUGUUGAUGAGUGUAUUGCAGUUGUAUAUGGAUUUGUUAUGAAUGUGGAUAUUCUGAAUUAUUAUUGUAAUAAUGAUAAUAAUUAUUGCCACUUUGAUUUUAUUGAUUAAUUCCCUUAAUGCAGUUGAUGAAGAUGCCAUUGUUCCCUUUUUUUUGGAAUACACCGAAAUUUAUAUUUUUCGGGUGGGUGAAUCUGGAGAUAGAAGUACGUAAAUAAAUUAAUAAAUAAACAAAUAAUUAAAUUCUUA